AUGACCACCACCUGCCAUACCACCAACCAUUACCCUCUACCUUUCACCACCACCCGCCUUCACCACUCAUCACCACUACUCACCUCCACCGCCUCCCACCACCACCACCCACCAUUUCUACCAACCACCACUUACCACCCAUCACCACAACCCACCUCCACCACCCCCCACAAACACCAACCAUCACCACCGACCACCACCACCCGUCACCUUCACCUCCACCUCCACCUACCACCCACCAAAACCACCGACCACCGACAACCACCCAUCACUAGAACCCACCUUCACCACCCAUCACAACCACCCGCCACCACCACCCUACCAAAACCACCAUACACCUUCAUCGCCGUCACCACCAACCGCCACCCACCUACCCACCACCACCACCUAUCACCUUCACUCAUCUCCACUACCUAUCACCACCACUCACCACCGCCACCUGCCACCUACUAUAAUCACCACCAUACAUCUCACCCCCACUAUGCUUCACCACUACCACCACCUAACACCUAA